AAUUGACAACUGACACCCAAACCAACCAAAUUCAUCUUUUCAACUUACAACAUCAUUUGCAAUAUCAAAAUUUGAUUUAAUAUAUUAACCACAUUUUAUGGGAUCUCUAGCCACUAAAGCAAGAACCGCGACAAUGGCAAGUACAGCUGAAAUAAAACAAUUCAUCAAGGAUGCCGUGUCUAAAGACAAAGUAGUGGUGUUUUCAAAAUCUUAUUGUCCCUAUUGUACGUUGGCGAAAGAUGUCUUCGCAAAAGUGAAGCAACCGAUAACAGUAAUUGAAUUAAACGAGCGCGAUGACGGCAGUGUUAUCCAGGAAAACCUGGCAGAAUUAACCGGGUUCCGAACAGUGCCACAAGUGUUCAUCAACGGAAACUGUGUGGGUGGCGGUUCCGAUGUCAAAGCUCUUUACGAUUCAGGAAAACUUGAACCAAUGUUGAUUGGUUAAAUUAUAUUAAAAAAGUACAAAAAUGUAAUGGUUAUAAGAAAAUAUUUGUUUAAAAAAUAUCACAAUUUUAAUUUUGUCUGUUUUAGUUACAAAAUUUUGUUAAGUACAAUUUUUUAUUAAGUUUAAAGCAUUUAUAACCAAAAUAGAUAUGUAUUAUGAAAAAAUAUUAAAUGUUUCGUACUUAUUUUUGUAAAAAUAAAGUGUUUUGUUACGCUUA